GGCACUUUGCUGACUACGAUUCACACGAUGCCACUUAACCACUAUCAGGGCUUGCAUCACGGCCGACUUGAUGGACAUUUUAACAAUGCCUGUUUGACAUCCUUAAGCAACCAAGUCAUUGUAUUUCAUUUUUUGAAGAACUAGGGUUGCAAGUUCCACUUCGCAGCUUUGAAUAGAUUGGGUUCAAAAGGCCGCUUCACCCAAGCUGGACGAAAUCCAAACGCCUAAAAUCACAGCACAGCUGAAUAGACUCGGGGUAUAGGAUCAUGAACACAUCAAAUUCAAACAGCUCUCUGACGUGUCUGUUUUCUAUCUCAACAAACCCAAGUGCGUCGACCCCGAAUUAUCUGGCAAGAGCAUCCUGCAGCAAAGCUGAGCUCCUUUAACAAAACAUUGCAUCUCAAUCGCUUUGGCAAAUGGCGGGAUCAAGUCAGCAGAAUCCUUUGCCGACGUUCCACGACCCCGGCGUUGAUUUCAUUGAUAUAACGGAAGUAUAUGUAGACGGCGAAAGCGAGACCAUUACGAGCCAUUUGACCGGCGGUCAGCCCCGUAACAAUGUUUUCUUAUACUGUAACACACCCCUGAAGACAACCAGCUUCACCCAUCCUGUCGUCAGCCCGUCAUUAGUCUAAGAGGCAGUCUCGGCCGGGCAGGCUUAGACUAUACGGACAUUUACCUCGUCCAAGGUCUGACUCACCCUUGAGCCUGUCACCAGUCGCCGGGGGCAUAUCCAAGUUUGUCAGCGGAGGGUUUACCAGAGCUGUUAGCAUAUUGCAUUAUGACAGGGGGGUGCUAAGGUCCCGAAAUAAGCUGAAAAAGUAGGACAUUUUCCUUUGAACAACAUCUCAAGCCCAAUGUAACGAUGUCGGCAUCACCUCUCACUCGUAUGACAAGUACAUGGCCGAGAACCCGCCGUCCAAGGAUGAUUGAUUCAGCAGCUACGAUGUGAAGGACACACGGCGCGGCGCAGCACGGUAUCGCAACGAAGCGAGGGAAGGGCGUACCUUUCGUGGCGCUCAACUACAACCUCGACAAGGGGACGGUGCUUGUUGUGGGGGUUCGCAAGUCAGAGCAGGCAAAGGAUACGAUUGUUGGGCUGGAAGCUGAGUGAGGAUGAAGUUUUCAUAACCAACAAAGU